CUGGAUUCACGUCUUCAUUUUCUCCCAAAAUUCGCACCUAAAAGCGUGUCUGUGCCAUGGAGAAGAAUCACUGGAGCAUUGUCUUCUCUCUCUUUCGUUUUCAGCGCCUCACUUAAUUGAAACUUCUUCUUCCACUUCUACUUCUUCUUCGUCGAUUAUCACUCUGUUUUCGUCGCACCCAUUUUCAGAACAACAACCAGAGACAUGAUUUUUACACACACAACUAUAGUUCUUCUUUUCCCACUCUUCUUCAUUCUCUGUUUCCCUCCUUUGUCCUCACAGGCAGCGAGUUCCAUCACACCAGGCAACUUGAUUAGAGACGGACCAGACCCUGACACUUUACUCUCAGACGGACUCAAUUUCGAACUUGGAUUCUUCAGUAAAGGUAACAACAGCUCCUUGAGAUACGUUGGAAUUUGGUACUACAGAAUUCCCAAACCAGAAAUCGUAUGGGUUGCGAACAGGGACAAGCCCAUCAAUGGCAGAGUAGGGGUUAUCAAAAUUGGAAAUGAUGGCAAUUUAGUAAUCUUCGAUGGGGAUAAGAAUCAAGUGUGGUCGAGCGAUGUAUCGAACCCCAAUAAUCACACAGAAGCUGUUCUUCGAGAUGAUGGAAACCUUGUUCUUUCCUCCACGGAUGAUGCAAAAGAAAUAUGGAAAAGCUUUGAUCAUCCAACUGACACGUUUCUUCCUAAUAUGACUAUACCAGUGAAUCCUUCAAAGGGUGAGAUUCGAUCUUUUGUGUCAUGGAAAUCAAGCACAGAUCCUGCUCGAGGAAAUUUCUCAAUGGGAAUUGACCCACGAGCAUCGACCCAGAUAGUGAUUUGGGAAGGAGAUAAAAGGAGGUGGAGAAGUGGGUAUUGGGACGGAAGAAUAUUCACAGGAGUUUCCAACAUGACAGGAAAUUAUCUCUAUGGAUUCAAACUCAACACUGAUGCAAAUGGAGGAAGGCAUUUAACUUAUACCCCACUGAACAUCGCUGACAAGGUGAGGUUUCAGAUAGGUUGGGAUGGGCUUGAGAGACAGUUUAAGUGGAACGAGGGCGAGAAAAAUUGGAUCAAAACACAGGAAGAGCCAUAUAACAAAUGUGAGAUUUAUAACAAGUGUGGGAGUUUUGCAGAAUGCAGCUUGCUUUCUCCAAUGACAUGUGCUUGCAUAAGAGGGUUCGAGCCGAAGGAAGUGGAUCAGUGGACUAGAAGUAAUUGGUCUGGUGGGUGUAAGAGGAUGACACCAUUGAUGGCUGAGAGGAACAAUAACAGCAAUAAUGCAACAGAAGUGGAUGUCGAAGAAGAUGGUUUCUUGCAGCUGCAAUGCAGGAAGUUGCCGGAUUCCGCGAGCUUGGUCAAUCCUCAGAACAAGGGAGAUUGUGAGAGUUAUUGCUUGCAGGAUACAAAUUGUACUGCAUAUGCUUAUGUUAAUGGAAUUGGAUGCCUGAUUUGGCAUGGAGAGCUACUUGAUAUUAAGCACUUCGAAAAUGGAGGAGGAAAUACACUCUAUAUUCGCCUUGCUCAUUCUGAUUUAGGUGAUGGGAAGAAAAAGAUGAAGAUAGUGGUAGUAUUUGUUAUUGUAUUGGGGUUAAUCUGCCUUGGAAUCUCUCUCUGGCUGGUGUGGAGGUUCAAGGGAAGAAAAGCUGUUGCUGCAGCUUCAUGCUGUAAGAUGAGUGAUAUUCCGGUUUUUGAUACUACAAGAAGCAGGAGUAGACAAGUUUCAGCAGAAUUUUCAGGAUCAGCUGAACUGAGUUUGGAAGGUCAUGAACUAAGUGGACCAGAAUUGCCAUUGUUCAAUUUUGAUUGUAUUGCAAUAGCCACAGACAAUUUCUCAGAGGAAAACAGGCUUGGGCAAGGAGGUUUUGGUCCAGUCUACAAGGGAAAGCUUCGUGGGGAGGAGCAAAUUGCUGUCAAGAGGCUUUCAAGAAAAUCUGGGCAAGGUCUAGAGGAGUUCAAGAAUGAGAUGAUGCUAAUUGCCAAACUACAACACAGAAACCUUGUUAGACUAUUAGGAUGCUCCAUUCAAGGAGAUGAGAAGUUGUUGGUAUAUGAAUAUAUGCCAAACAAAAGCUUGGAUUGCUUUUUAUUUGGUUUGUUUCUCUCUACUUUGCCCAGUCUUUUAUAUUUUUUCUGCAUUUUUAGAAUUAUUGGACCAUUUCAUGAUAUAUGGAUUGUACUUUUAAGUUAUUUUAUACUUUCUGGUGUAGAUCCUGUCAAACAACUACAAUUAGACUGGAAAAAACGCUUUGAAAUCAUUGAAGGGAUUGCAAGAGGGUUGCUUUAUUUGCAUCGAGAUUCAAGGCUUCGAAUCAUUCACCGAGAUUUAAAAGCAAGCAACAUUCUUUUGGAUGAAGAUAUGAUCCCAAAAAUUUCAGACUUUGGGCUAGCAAGGAUAUUUGGAGGAGGUCAAAGUGAGGCAAAUACCACUAGAGUGGUUGGCACAUAUGGCUAUAUGUCCCCUGAGUAUGCAAUGGAAGGUCUAUUCUCAGUUAAAUCUGAUGUCUAUAGUUUUGGCGUGUUAUUACUUGAGAUUAUAAGCGGUCGCAAGAACACUAGCUUUCGUCAUUCAGAUGACUCAAGUCUCAUAGGAUAUGCAUGGCAUCUCUGGAACGAACAAAGAGCGAUGGAGCUUGUCGAUCCUUCGAUUCAAGAUUCAUGUACAAAGAACAAGGUUUUGAGAUGCAUACACAUAGGGAUGUUGUGUGUGCAGGAUUCAGCAGCUCAUAGACCAACCAUGUCUUCUGUGGUGUUGAUGCUUGAGAGUGAAACAACCAAUCUUCCUUUGCCAAGACAACCUUUGCUUACUUCCAUGAGAAGAAGAUCAGAAGACACUGAUUUUUACGUGGAAGGUCUUGAUGUUUCCUUGAAUGAACUUACGGUUACAAUGGUGGUUGGAAGAUAGACCUAAUUAAUUAACUGCAUUGGUUUUCACUUCCCAAGUCUUUUGUAUCAGUUUUGUUUGCUUUUCCACUUUUUCUCUGCAAAUAAAUGCAAGGUACAUAGAUAUAUAGUUUUCUGUUCAGACUGUGCUUUUGAGUCUUUUGUUUAUCUUUAUCCAUUUUUUGCACUAUUUAAGAAUUUUAUGAAAAUGAA